CAAGAAAUGAAACAUUUUUAUUUUAUUUUCUCCUCGGACAUAAGAUAAAACAAGACAACUCUUUAUUUCGUCUCUCCGACAGUAGCAGUCUUCGCCGGGAAUUUUUUUUUUCUCCGGUAGCCAUGCUCCGAACUAUCUCUUGUUCCGCUUCUCUCAGCUCUUCCUCUCCCUUCUUCCGCUUCUUCCGCCACUUCCCUCGCUCCCUAUCAUCGUCUACAGCCACUCUCCGUGGCCCUGCUCGCAACCUUCGCCGGAUUUCAUCUCCUUCAGCCGCCGGAAGACGUGUCUUCCUCCGACGAGGGUUUAGGGUUUCUUCCCCCGCAGGUGGCGGUGUCAAUGGGAAGUUCUCUCGCCUCUCUGUUCGCGCCGUCGCCACACAACCCGCACCAUCUUAUCCUGAUGUAAGUCAAGAUGAGGCUGAGAAGCUUGGGUUUGAGAAAGUAUCUGAAGAGUUUAUCUCAGAGUGUAAAUCAAAGGCGACUCUCUUUAAACACAAGAAAACUGGUUGUGAGGUUAUGUCUGUAUCAAAUGAGGAUGAGAACAAGGUGUUCGGCAUUGUUUUAAGGACUCCUCCAAAAGAUUCCACUGGCAUUCCGCACAUACUGGAACAUAGCGUUCUAUGUGGAUCAAGAAAGUACCCGCUUAAAGAGCCAUUCGUUGAACUACUUAAGGGAAGCUUGCAUACUUUCCUUAACGCCUUCACGUAUCCUGAUAGGACCUGUUACCCAGUUGCUUCCACAAACACAAAGGACUUUUACAAUCUGGUCGAUGUGUAUUUGGAUGCUGUUUUCUUCCCCAAGUGUGUGGAGGACGUUCACACUUUUCAGCAAGAGGGCUGGCACUAUGAGCUUAAUGAUCCCUCUGAAGACAUAUCUUACAAAGGUGUUGUAUUUAAUGAGAUGAAAGGUGUCUAUUCACAGCCUGAUAAUAUUUUAGGGCGAAUUGCUCAGCAGGCCUUAUCUCCAGAAAACACAUAUGGUGUUGACAGUGGAGGUGAUCCAAAAGAUAUCCCUAAGCUGACAUUCGAGGAGUUCCAGGAGUUCCACCGUAAGUAUUAUCACCCAAGCAACGCCAGAAUCUGGUUCUAUGGAGAUGAUGAUCCAGUUCAGCGCCUUCGUGUCUUGAGUGAAUACUUGGACAUGUUUGAAGCAAGCCCAUCUCGAGAUAGUUCAAAGAUUGAAACUCAAAAGCUUUUCUCUAAACCUAUCAGAAUAGUUGAGAAAUAUCCCGCUGGUCGAGAUGUUGAUCUCACAAAGAAAAACAUGGUGUGCGUUAACUGGCUAUUGUCCGAGAAGCCCUUGGACUUGCAAACUCAGCUCGCACUUGGGUUCUUGGAUCAUCUUAUGCUGGGAACUCCUGCUUCACCACUAAGGAAAAUAUUGCUGGAAAGCGGUUUAGGAGAAGCUCUUGUCAGUAGUGGGAUGUCAGACGAACUUCUGCAGCCCCAGUUCAGUGUUGGGAUGAAAGGUGUGUCUCAAGAUAACGUUCAAAAGGUUGAAGAGUUGAUCAUGGAUACCCUGAAGAAGCUGGCAGAAGAAGGGUUUGACAAUGAUGCUGUGGAGGCAUCCAUGAAUACAAUUGAGUUUUCUCUGAGGGAAAACAAUACAGGAUCUUUCCCUCGUGGUCUAUCUCUUAUGCUCCAAUCUAUUGCAAAAUGGAUAUACGAUAUGGAUCCUUUUGAGCCAUUAAAGUACACGGAACCAUUGAAAGCCCUGAAAGCCAGGAUAGCUGAGGAAGGUUCCAAGGCUGUCUUUUCUCCAUUGAUAGAGCAGUUUAUUUUGAAUAACUCGCAUCGUGUUACCAUAGAGAUGCAGCCUGAUCCUGAAAAAGCUUCACAAGAGGAAGCGGAAGAGAAAAGUAUUCUGGAAAAAGUCAAGGCAGGUAUGACAGAAGAGGAUCUUGCAGAGCUAGCGCGUGCUACAGAGGAGCUGAGAUUGAAACAAGAGACUCCUGACCCUCCUGAAGCACUGAGAUGUGUCCCAAGUUUGAGCUUGAGUGACAUCCCAAAAGAACCUACUUAUGUUCCCACUGAGGUUGGAGAUAUUAAUGGUGUGAAGGUUUUGCGGCAUGACCUCUUCACAAAUGAUAUUGUCUACGCCGAAGUAGUCUUUGAUAUGGGUUCGCUGAAACAUGAGCUUCUUCCACUAGUACCACUUUUCUGUCAAUCACUAAUGGAGAUGGGCACAAAAGAUUUGAGUUUUGUGCAACUGAAUCAGUUGAUUGGAAGGAAAACUGGAGGAAUAUCAGUUUAUCCCCUUACCUCAUCUGUGAGGGGCAAGGCUGAACCUUGCAGCAAAUUUGUUGUACGUGGAAAAUCGAUGGCUGGGCGUGCUGAAGACCUUUUUAACCUGAUGAACUGCUUGUUGCAAGAAGUUCAGUUUACAGAUCAGCAGCGGUUCAAACAGUUCGUCUCUCAAAGCAUAGCACGGAUGGAGAAUCGAUUGAGAGGAAGUGGUCAUGGAGUUGCUGCUGCGAGGAUGGAUGCAAUGUUGAACGUUGCUGGAUGGAUGUCUGAACAGAUGGGUGGUCUCAGUUACCUUGAAUUCUUGCAUACUCUUGAAAAGAAGGUGGAUGAAGACUGGGAAGGGAUAUCAUCUUCUCUUGAAGAGAUCAGGAGAUCUCUCCUUGCCAGGAACGGUUGCAUAGUUAACAUGACUGCAGAUGGCAAGUCUUUCACCAACAUAGAAAAAUCUGUUGAGAAGUUUCUAGAUUUACUCCCUGAAACUCCAUCUGGUGGGCUAGUCACUUGGGACGGUCGACUUUCUCUCAGAAACGAAGCCAUUGUAAUACCAACCCAGGUUAACUAUGUUGGAAAAGCAGGUAACAUAUACAGCACAGGGUAUGAGCUUGAUGGAAGUGCAUAUGUGAUAUCAAAGCAUAUUAGCAAUACAUGGUUAUGGGACCGUGUACGUGUAAGUGGUGGUGCAUAUGGAGGUUUCUGUGAUUUCGAUUCACAUUCAGGAGUGUUUUCGUUCUUGUCUUACCGUGAUCCAAACUUGUUGAAGACACUUGACAUAUAUGAUGGAACUGGAGACUUCUUACGUGGCCUUGAUGUGGAUCAAGAGACGCUCACUAAAGCUAUCAUUGGAACCAUCGGUGAUGUUGAUUCAUACCAGUUACCUGAUGCCAAAGGUUAUAGCAGUUUGAUGAGGCAUUUACUUGGAGUAACAGACGAGGAAAGGCAAAGAAAGCGUGAAGAGAUACUAACAACAAGCUUAAAAGACUUUAAGGAGUUCGCAGAAGCAAUAGAUGUGGUUAGAGACAGAGGUGUUGCGGUGGCUGUGGCAUCCGCAGAAGACAUUGAUGCGGCGAACCAAGCACGUUCCAACUUCUUCGAGGUUAAGAAAGCUCUCUAAGUUGACAACUUUUACUGUGAUAAGAUUGAGAAUCUCUUUUAGAUUUGUUUCUCUACUGCCAGUGAAUGUCUUGGCAAAGCUAAUAUAUUAUUUGCCCAACAGUAUGGACGUUCACAAAUAAUAAUGAAGCAUUUCUUUCACUUUCAACUUAUUUUCGCUGUUGAAAAUUAUCAGAAACUUUUACAAAAAAUGAGUAUUGAUAUUUGAAAUUGUUUAGACGAUCAUUUCAGUUCAUGUAAUCGCCGAGUUACUUCAUUAAUCUGAUUAUUAGAAUUUCU